AACGAAGCGGAAGAAGGGAGGACAACGAGGUGGUGGUCGGUGGGCAGUGUGAUACCUCGUGUUGGUGGAAGGGUGGCCUUGUGUUUGUGCAGGAUGAUGGCCAGUAGCAUGUUGGCAGCGAGCACGUUGGCAGGGGGCGUGGUGGGUGUGGCAUGUGCAUGGUUUGGGUUUGUGGUGUGGCUGCAGUGGAGGCGACAGGCGCAUCCACCAGGGAAGAAAGGGAUGCUGGAGGUGGCCAAAGUGAUCUGCAAUCCACGCCGUGUGGCCCGCAUAUCAUUGGCCCUGGCCCAGCAGCUGGCACUCCUACAGCACUGGCGGCUCUGGCUGCAAUGGACCCUCUUUUAUCGCCAACCACACUCGGUGCACAUCCAAAAGGAGUUGCUGCCUGAUGGAUGCUUAAGCACGGUAGAUCACUACUUUGUUCCUGGGUGCCGCACGACAGCAAGCGUGCUCUUUCUGUAUGGUAGUGGAUGGGAUGCAGGAGACAAGGCCAUGUACGCCUUGCUUGGCAAGUACUUUGCACAGCAGCAGCACUUUGACGUCCUGAUUCCAAGCUACAACACGUAUCCACACGGCUGUAUCCGCGUGAUGCUGAAAAGCGUGUUGGAAAUCCUGCUCUGGCACCACCAAUCCCUCAAUCAGCCCAUGCACGUCGUGGCCCACUCUGCAGGUGCGCAUAUCAUCCACACGCUCAUCCUGCACAUUGAGCUCGAGCUUCUACAUCGUCAGCAGCUGCCAUCGUGUUGCUCCAACGAUCCAAUGCGACCACAAUACCUUCAUCCAUACUCCACAGACCAGCUCCUCUGCGCUGGGCUGCAACUCAGGAGCGUGACAGGGCUGUCUGGCCCUUAUGACAUCGACGAUCACUUUGAGCACGAGCGAUCACGCGGGGUGGAGUGGGCAUCAGUGAUGUGGCGUGUCAUGGGAGGACACCAGCACUUUCCUCGCUUCAGUCCCGUCAAACUUGCCAGGCACAUUACUACACUGACACAUACUGUGGCUGCUGUCGGUGACGUUGAUCACAGCAAGGGUAGCGGCAGUGACAACACAAAUCACAGACAACCGUUACCACCGCAGCAACAGCAACAAGUGCUGUUGUGGUUCCUUCCGCACAUUCGAUGGACCCUUGUGCACGGCGACAAGGACUAUGUAGUUCCGCUCACCAGCACACAGCGGCUUGCACGUGCGCUGCUGCCGCUGGCAGGCCCGCAAAAAGUUGCACUCCACGUUGUCGACUCGGACCACAUAGAGAUUAUGCUCGCCUUGCAUGAUGGCUCGUCUGUGCAUUGUAUGCAGCGAGUACGAGAAAUUGUUUCGCGCGCUCAUGCUGCACCUCACACAUGACACACGGUGUGUGUGUGUGUGUGUGUGUGUGUUUGUGUGUGUGUGUGUGUGUGUAUGUAUGCGUGUGUGUGCAUGCAUUUGCAUGUGGGUCUUUGUGCGUGUGCGUGUGCGUGUCCGUGGGGUUGCAUGGCCGAGUGUGAACUCUCUUGACCCGCCUGCCCAAUGGCUGGUGCUUGUGCCUUCGCAUGCAUUCUGUGCGUGUUCUCGAAACUGUAAAUUUUGGGUUCCAUCGAGGAAUGAACAGGUUGGAGUAAAGCCGGGUCAAACAACG